CGCGAAAUUCAGAUUUUGGCGGGAAAGUCUCUAACUUGUCAAUGACAAGACUGGCCAAUCACAACAAACAGUAGCAAAUCGAUUUCGUCCAACAUGGCUGACGGUACAGGGAAAACUGCCGAUGUCGCAGAAGAGAAAAUACCUUUCAAUUUUUUCAAGAAAAUACCGAAAAUUGAACUUCAUGCCCACAUAAAUGGAUCCAUAAGCACAGAGACAAUUGAGAAGCUCAUCAAAAGAAAAGUUGAGCAAGGAAACAAUGACUGUCUUGUGUCCCAGUGGCAAACAACAAUUCACAAGGGAGAACAGCGAGAUUUAAGCGAUUGUUUGUCAAUGUUUGGCAUCAUUUACCAGCUUGUAGAUGACACUGAAGCAGUGUUUCUGGUGACAAAAAGUGUUAUUGAAGACUUUGAGCAGGAUAAUACAAAGUACUUAGAGCUAAGAAGCACACCCAGGGCCAAUCCUGAGACAGGGAUGACAAAGCAGUCCUACAUAGAAGCAGUCUUAAAGGCUAUUGAGGAAGCUAAAAGGACAGCCCCCAACAUAACAGUGAGAUUUAUACCUGCAAUAAAUCGGAGGCUUGGCCCAGAUGAUGCCAUGGAUACUGUACACUUAGCUAUACAGUACAAGGAAAAAGCCAAAGGGAUUAUUGUGGGCCUAGACUUAAGUGGAGAUCCAAAGGCACAUGAUUCAAACAAUUUUGUUCCUGCCCUGAAACUGGCCAGAGAAAAUGGCUUAAAACUUGCCUUGCACAUUGCAGAGGUUCCUGACUUGGAUGAAUCAAGAGUGUUGCUAAACUUAAUCCCAGACAGAAUAGGACAUGGAACCUGUAUUCAUCCCGAAAAUGGUGGAUCAGAAGAUUUUGUGAACAUAGUAGAGGAACACUCUAUUCCUAUUGAACUUUGUCUCACAUCCAAUGUGAAGACCAAGACUGUUCUAUCAUAUUCUGAACAUCACAUGGGCUAUUGGUACAGCAAACAGCAUCCUUGUAUUGUUUGUACUGAUGAUAAGGGUGUGUUUUCUACAACAUUAUCCGAAGAAUACUCUCUGAUGGCCAGGACAUUUAACCUCACAGAAGAACAAGUGUGGAACUUGACAUUUCAAAGUAUUGAUUAUAUUUUUGGAGGAGAGAAUUUAAAAGAUGACCUUAAAGAGUUGUGGAAAACUGAGAAAGAAAAGAUUAUUUCUUCACUUCAUUAACAAUUUGAUCUGAACCUAUGUAUUACCACUUAUAAUUGUUUAUUAUUUUUAUCAAAUAAAAAA